CGUCGUGGAAGUCUCAUGUACUUCUGCUGUGUCCGGUCAUGGCGAGUGCCCAGUCGCAGCAGGUGCUUUCCGUACCCUUUAUCCCUAUCGAAGGGAUUUACCUUAGCGCACCUGAAUGUGUGCAUGUGCACUGCAGCGAUCAGCUCGCCGAGGACUGCUGUCGCGGGGAAGGGCUCGCUCAUUUGCAUUAGAAGAUCCAACGCCCUGCGCCUGUUGUGGAGGUCAUUGGUUGUGACGGGCCUCUUUGUCCCCAGGAGGAACAGAAAGAUCUGCUGGGGGACUUCUCCAGUUUCACCAGUGAUUGCCAUGCCUCAGUUAAAGUCUCCAGACAUGGGCUCUGCCUUCAUCCAGACUCAGCAGCUCAACGCUGCCAUGGCAGACACCUUCCUCGAACACAUGUGCCUGCUGGACAUCGACUCGGAGCCCACCACUGCUCGCAAUACUGGCAUCAUCUGCACCAUCGGGCCAGCAUCCCGCUCUGUGGAUAUGCUGCAGGAGAUGAUCAAGUCUGGAAUGAACAUUGCUCGCUUGAACUUUUCCCAUGGCACACAUGAGUACCAUGCCGACACCAUCAAGAAUGUGCGCACGGCAUGUGAGAGCUUUGAACCUGGCAGCAUCCAAUACAGGCCUGUCGGCAUUGCCCUGGACACCAAGGGCCCAGAGAUCAGGACUGGCCUCAUCAAGGGGAGUGGCACAGCUGAGGUGGAGCUGAAGAAGGGCAACAUGAUCAAGAUAACCUUGGAUGAUAGUUAUCAGGAGAACUGCAGUGAGGAGAUCCUCUGGCUGGACUACAAGAACAUUCCCAAUGUAGUCGAAAUCGGCAGCAAGAUCUACAUUGAUGAUGGACUUAUGUCCCUUCAGGUCAAGGAGAUUGGGUCGGACUUCCUCGUGUGCGAGAUUGAGAACGGGGGCACCCUGGGGAGCAAGAAGGGAGUGAACCUCCCUGGUGCCGCCGUAGACCUGCCUGCCGUUUCCGAUAAGGACAUCCAGGACCUGCAGUUUGGUGUGGAGCAUGGAGUCGACAUGGUCUUUGCCUCCUUCAUACGCAAAGCAGCAGACGUACACGCUGUCAGAGCAGUGUUGGGAGAGAAGGGCAAGAACAUCAAGAUCAUCAGCAAGCUGGAGAACCACGAGGGUGUACGCAGAUUUGACGAGAUCAUGGAGGCCAGCGAUGGCAUCAUGGUUGCCCGUGGCGAUCUGGGUAUUGAGAUCCCCACAGAGAAGGUGUUCCUAGCCCAGAAGAUGAUGAUCGGUCGCUGCAACAGAGCUGGCAAGCCGAUCACAUGUGCCACUCAGAUGUUGGAGAGCAUGAUCAAGAAGCCCAGGCCCACUCGCGCAGAGGGCAGUGACGUGGCCAACGCCGUGUUGGACGGAGCCGACUGCAUCAUGCUGAGCGGAGAGACUGCCAAGGGAGAUUAUCCUCUGGAGGCAGUGCGCACGCAGCACAUGAUUGCUCGUGAAGCCGAGGCGGCCAUGUUCCACCGGCAGGUGUUUGAGGACCUGCGUCGCUCCACGCCGUACUGCAAAGACCCCGCUGAGGCGAUUGCAAUCGGCGCCGUUGAGGCCUCUUUUAAGAGCUUGGCCUCUGCGAUGAUUGUGCUCACUGGCUCUGGAAGGUCCGCCCACCUGAUCUCCAGAUACAGGCCACGUGCGCCCAUCCUUGCUGUGACCCGUAACGCGCAGACUGCUCGCCAAGCCCACCUGUACCGCGGCAUUUUCCCCGUCCUCUACACCACACCCGCCCACGAUGUGUGGGCAGAGGACGUCGACAUGCGCGUCAACUUUGCCAUGGAUGUCGGCAAAGCCCGAGGCUUCUUCAAAGCAGGAGAUGCUGUCAUCGUCCUGACCGGCUGGCGCCCCGGCUCUGGCUACACCAACACCAUGCGUGUGGUUCUGGUGGCUUGAAGCGCCCAUAGGGCUGCGCCGCUCUCUCCCUCCACCUUCAUCUCUCUUUCAUAGGUCUCCACGCUCCAGCUCCACUCCAGCUCACAGCUCUUCUUAUCCAACACCUGGGCUCAGAUUUCAACGCAAAACUCUUUAGUUAUUUAGGCAAGAACACAAAGUAAAUCAGAAAUAAAAGUAUAGUCCUCAUGGCCAAAGAGCUGUUUACGGUCGGUGUGGAGGCUUGAGUCCUACAAUUCCACUUUGUUUCCAUUCCUUUCACAUUGAUUCUUUCAAUCAAACCAGUCUGCAGGGCCUUAGAUUAAUAAACCCCGACCAGAAACUGCUGUAUUUAUUCACUUAAACGCAUAUUAAUGGUGACCCAAUGUGUGUGACUGCGCAUACUAGCUCUUGUUCAGGUGGCGUUGGUGGACGAGUCAGGCGGAUCUUAAAAGAGCACCUUGAGUGCUGUAGUUUACUAAUCACACUCCUCGGCCGAUAUAACGAACAAACGUGUGGUUUGUUAGGUCAAAGGGCUCCUCCUACAGAUCUGCACUCUGUCUCCACCACUCCACCCAAACUGCUCCCUUUGUAGUGCCGUCUGUAUGAAGUGUAGUCUCUCAAUGCCAGCUAUUGCUGUAUUUAAGUGCACUCCCGAUCUCCUCCAGACCAUGUUACAUUUGGUAUUAUACUUGACUUGUGGUGAGGUUCUGUUUUGAGACAUCCAAUACUGCUUAUAUUUUGUCUGACUAAAGAAAUGCUCGUCUUGGAUGUCCACCUCAGAGGUGUUUUAAGUUACUGUAUUUGUGAUAUUAGAUGUGUCAUAAAGCCUUCACCUUUAUGUGCAUUUGGAUCAUAUCUAAGUUGGCACUUAUGAAUCGUAAGGUUCUGAUGACUGGUAUGAAUAUGCACUUGUAGAGUGUUUUCAUUGGGGACCAGAUGGUGGGUUGACUUCUUUCCCUCUCCACUUUAAUGGGCGACCGGUAGAACCCUUCUGCUUCUUCCUUUUAAUGUUGGUUUCCCACUGUAGUUGUCUUUACAUGUCUAAAAUGCUUUUGAUUGUAAUGCUAGAGUGUAAGAACUAAUGUUAAGCUGGUGUCCUGAGCUGUCCUAAAAGACUACAAUUAUCAAUAAUAAAAAGUAUGAGCACCUACUUA